AUUUGCUAAUUCAAAAGAACCAAAACAUUUCGUUGUCACCUCUUUCUCAUCAUAACUUUUCGCACAGUUGUUAACAGCUCUGUGUGCUGCUAACGACUGUUUGAAACAAUUAGAAAUUGUAUCUAAUUGUACUGGAUUCAAUGAACGAUUGCAUACAACUUUAAUCAUAUUUUGCUCAAUAUUUUUUCUAUCGUGUUAUAGGAAUGCCCAAGGAAAAAUAUGACCCGCCGGAUCCGAGGCGGAUGUACACAAUUAUGUCGACCGAGGAAGCAGCCAACGGGAAGAAGUCAUAUUGGGCUGAGCUGGAAAUCAGCGGCCGAGUAAGGAGUCUCAGCACAGCCCUGUGGUCUCUCACCCACCUCACUGCCCUGCACCUAAGUGACAACUCUUUGUCACGCAUCCCACCAGACAUUGCCAAAUUACACAACCUGGUGUACCUGGAUCUCUCAUCCAAUAAGAUCAGGAGCCUGCCGUCAGAGCUCGGCAACAUGGUGUCUCUCAGGGAACUGCUUUUAAAUAACAACCAGUUGCGGGUUCUGCCAUUUGAAUUGGGGAAACUCUUUCAGUUACAAACACUGGGGUUGAAAGGAAACCCACUUGCACAAGAAAUUAUGAGCCUCUACCAAGAACCCGAUGGCACGAGGAGACUGCUCAACUACUUGUUAGACAAUCUGGCAGGGGCUAUCAAGCGCUUACCAACAGAGCAGCCCCCAGCCCGGUCAUGGAUCUCACUCCAGGAACCAGACCGAUCACGGGGUUCAGCACUGUUCUCUGUGAUGUGCUACAAUGUGCUGUGUGAUAAGUACGCCACACGACAGCUAUAUGGUUACUGUCCCUCCUGGGCUCUAAACUGGGAAUACAGGAAGAAAUCAAUCAUGCAGGAGAUCAUGGGCUGCAACGCAGACGUCAUCAGUUUACAGGAAGUUGAGACAGAGCAGUACUACAAUUUCUUCUUGCCUGAGCUGAAGGAGCAAGGAUAUGAUGGGUUCUUCAGUCCAAAAUCACGAGCUAGGACUAUGUCUGAGUCGGACCGUAAACAUGUAGACGGAUGUGCAGUUUUCUACAGGACAGAGAAGUUCAGCGCGGUGCAGAAGCACACGGUGGAGUUCAAUCAGCUGGCCAUGGCUAACUCCGAGGGCUCCGAGGCUAUGCUGAACAGGGUGAUGACCAAGGACAACAUCGGGGUGGCCGUUCUGCUUGAGGUCCGCAAAGAGAUGAUGGAGAUCUCCUCCGGAAAGUCACUCCACGGCAUGGAGAAGCAGCUGCUCCUGAUAGCCAAUGCCCACAUGCACUGGGACCCAGAGUACUCUGACGUGAAGCUGGUCCAGACCAUGAUGUUCCUGUCGGAGGUGAAAAACAUAGUGGACAAGGCCACGCGCAGCCUCAAGUUGUCCUCCGUCUCUGGUGAAACUAAUGCCAUUCCACUGGUUCUGUGCGCUGACCUCAACUCCUUGCCCGACUCUGGCGUUGUGGAGUACCUGAGUACUGGCGGAGUGGACUGCACCCACAAGGACUUCAAGGAGCUUCGUUACAGCGACAGUCUGACCAAAUUCAACUGCAACGGCAAGAACAGCACGUCCAACGGCAGGAUCACCCACGGAUUCAAGCUGAAGAGCGCUUACGAGAACGGCCUGAUGCCUUACACCAACUACACCUUUGACUUCAAGGGUGUCAUUGACUAUAUUUUCCACUCCAAGCCUCACCUGAACGUGCUGGGUAUCUUGGGCCCCCUGGACACCCACUGGCUUGUAGAGAACAAUGUCAGCGGCUGCCCACAUCCACACAUCCCCUCCGACCACUUCUCCCUCUUCGCCCAGCUGGAGCUGCUCCUGCCCAACAUCCCCCCCCAGGUCAACGGGCUCCAUAUGCCUGCACGCAGGUAGUGAGUCCCUGCCACGCCGACGGGGGGGAACUGCAACCACAGCCUCUCCCUCUCACCCCUCCCCCUCCCACUACCAGCUCUUCACUCCACCACACCGGAGGAGGAAGACAGAAAAACACAACCUGUAAAAUAUUCGUACAGUGAGGUCUGGCCGACAGGGAUUUCGUAUAAUGUUAUAGAUAUUCUAUUUUUUUCUUUCUCUAUUUUUCUUUUUUUGUUCUUUUUUUAACCGCUCGAUUCAGUCCUGUCCGUGCAUCAAAUUUUAUGUUUUGGACUCCUCAGAAUCCACCCACCCUUCCACUUCUGCUUCUGUCAUCCAAACUAAAGGGGAUGGUAGCUCCUUCAGAUUUGUCACAUUGGGACGCUGUUAGGUUUUAGAGAAGUGGGAAACUUAGAAGUGACUGCGGAGAUCAUAUCUACCGGAAAAAGCUCCAUAGCUGAUGGUCUGCUUGUCUGUCUGUCCUGUAUAAAUCUAAAACCAGCAAAGACGGCAGACUUGUCGGGCUCGGACCUCCACAAGUCUCCCUAGGAUGUGCACAUUUGUUGAUUCAGAUGUGGCUGGCUUAGGACCUUGUUUAGCUGGUAGAUGUGCGUCGCUGGAGGUGGAUGUAGCGCAGCUCGUACGAGGUGAGGUUUCCUGCUGUCAUUCUGUGGUGCUGAGGCCUUUUGUGUGGUCAUGGCCUCCCGUGGUGCUACAAGAUAGUCUACACCUCUGACCCUGGUGCAUUAGCUACCAAAACCCACAGGCGCCUCAAGAACCAGAUGUCCGAGAACUACAUUCACCCGAUCACACGUGGGCAGUAUCGAUUGUGUUUGUUCGUGGAGGAAGGAUGUUGUGAGAAACUGAGAGCACCUACCAUGCUGUUUGCAGACUGUUUUUACGCCAGCUUGUAUAGUUGUUUGGCUCGUCUUGUGCUUGUUUGGCCCACAUACCAUCAUUUUUUGGGGCAAGGGGAUUUAGGCUGAUGGGGAAAAAAGUGAUGGAGGGGCUAUUACAAAUCUCUUCUUUUAUCUUGAUUGCUUUUAGGCAGGGAGAGCGAGUAAUGGCUGAUACCCAGGAGUAAAACCAGCAUUCCUCUCACUGUCUGGAGUUUCCAUCCAACUCCUCACAUGCAAGCUUACACGCAAACACUUACAUACACACACAUGCAGAUAAUUUGAAGGCGGAUCUGUAGCACUAUCUCUGAGGCCAGUAGUGACUUUCCCCAGCCAUAAAUUCCAUACACAAAAGCAGUUUUUUCACAAGUGUUUGUACAGAAUAGAAAAUCUAGACUCAGUCUUUACAUGAUUGUAUAUGAACCACAAAAGACCUGUUUUCUGGCGUUUUUUGUACUAAGAGUAAAUUAUGAUCAGAUUUGAAAAAAAAAGAUUGUAUUGUAAACUAUGGCUAAAUUUUUAUCCAGUUAAUGUAAGAUGAAUUGAUAUUACCAGCUUGUACAAAAGACGUAAGAAGAGGUUGUUCAAGGCGUUCGCUGUCACUAUUUUUGCACUCCCCAGAGAUGAACUGUAAUAAAUGUUUCACAAUUGUUUCAUUUUUUUUGCCCCCCCCCAGCUCUUUCCCUGCCGUGAAUUUCAUUUGCCGGCACAUUGCUGCGAUUGUAAAUAGACACUGAUUGAACUCUGCCUGUCGCUUUUUGCCCGUUAACAAAGCCAUUGAUCCACACUGCUGCCAUCAGUUCAGACUUAAGGACACGCGAGCAUGAGUCAUGUCCCACCUGUGACUCCACAUCUGUUCAUUUAUGUAUCUCACACCCACUCUCACCGGUGAUGCGUGGCCCCCGAUACAACCUAUAGAAAUCCAAAACAUCGUGCCUCACUGUAGCAGUUGUCGUCUUGCACUAUUUACACUUGCCGAACGCCUGAACAACCUUUUCUACUUUUAUUUUUAAAUACUGUUAAGACAUUUGUGAAGAUUUUAUGUCCUUUUUUGGGGGGUUUUUGUUAAUGUUGAUUUCCUUUUUUUUUUUUUAUGAGCUGUGACAAUGUUAUGACGAUGUGUAUAAUAUCCUUCCUAUUCAUUGAGCGCUCUAGUAAUCAGGUAUGCUUUUUCCACCGACCCAUCUCCACUAAUUGCGAACAUGAAUAGAGUCUUACCUUUACUAAAUCAACUCUCUGGUUGUUUGGCUCCCUCGUUGUACCUUAGCACGGCUCUGUGCCCAGACCCACAAAAUACCUUCGCUCCUUCCCUGGCCAUGAAUUUUAAAUCUCCAUAAGCUUGUCCAUCACCCUAAUUACCCCCCAAAACCCUAAUUACCACCCAAACACAUACUUAACGUACCCACUAUAUUACUCAAGCUGUGUCUUUUACACCACUUUGUAUAGUUCUUACCCGUGUCACUGCAGCUAUAGUGCCAUCUGCGGACCCCUACCUCUGUAUUGGGGAAAAAGGUGGAAGGCUGCUUCUGGAUGAGCGAGGGACGAGGGGCAGCGAGCUCAGUAGUUUUUUCUCCGACAGCCAGGCAAAAGCAUCGCUGUGAAUCAAUUAUUAGAUCGACAAGAGAGAUGUGUCGGUGAUUAGACGAUUACUCCAACGGCCACGUUGUCACACGGUCAAUGAGCACUUAGUAGAUACGGAUGCAUCUCCCCUCACUCCCUGUCUCAUCACAUUAGUGAGUAAAGAUCUUAUUACUUCGAUGUACAUGUUGAAAUGACAUUUUUAAAGCAAGAGGGAAGCAAGUAAAUAGGAAGUAUAAAUUUAGUCCUCAGAUCAAGGUUUCUUGUCCCCUUUGUUUGCCCCCUGACCGGUUUGUUUUUUAACUUUUUGUUUUCCAAUGGAAACCAAUGUGUCCAGUUUGCUUUUUCUUUUUUCUUUUUUCCUGAAUGGCAUUAGUAUUGUAGUAGAUUUAAAGGAUAGCUUUUUUGUAAAGUGUGAAUAAAAGAUGUAUCUCAUGUUUCCUUUCUAAAAAGAUAUUGAAUUGUGUUUGUUGAUGUGUAAAUCAUGAAUUCUAUGAUGGUGUUAUGUUUGCUGCAUUGUUUUCACUUUUACGACCAGUCGCCCACCAUCUCCUCGUAUCCUGCCACAAACCAAACGGGUAGAAAUCAUGACGAGACGUUGUCUCGGAACAGCUUAAUGUUCCCGACGAUGCCUCGUAGAGUGAAGGACCGACUGCGUACAGGGAUACUUUCUUCUUUUCUUUUCUCUAAUUUAAUUUUCAGCUUUAUUUUUGGAUGUUGCAUGGCACUAGCUGGAGAGUGCUAGUGCCCGUAGGUCAGGGCAGCAGAGCUGUCUUACUAGUGGCUGCAGUUCAGUACCAGGGUCGCUGUUCUGACUGCUGUAGAACGUGUUCGGAAGACUGAGCUGGUGUUGUGCCGCUGGUCGUUGACUGGUCCUGUGGCGAUUUUUGACUGCUCGUCCAUCUCAUUCUGUCUUUGUGCACCAGCGGUUGAAUCUGUUACUCUAGCUAGCUACUAUCCAUAGUCGCCGAUUUGACUCUCAAAACCUUUUGGUUGUUGACUCCCCUCAGCACCUCCUCCUCCUCAUCACCCUCUUAAUGCCACAGACUUUUGGCUUCUGAUUGAAAGAGUCGGGGCUGAGUUAUGUCACCCUGUGAGCUUCAGUGAGUGAUCACAUUGUUGCUUUGUACUUGUUCACUGUUGCAUUGUUUCAUAGUUGGCUUGUUAAGCGUAGUGAUUUUUGCGCCCCCCCCCCCCCCCCCCCCCCCCCCGGCUGCAUCUCUGUAAUGGUGCACACCAAAGCUGCUUGUAGUUCAGUUUUCUGUGGUAGAACAAGUCCUUUCACCAACCAGGCACAUCCUUUUCUGUUUUUUCUCCUGAAUCCAUCAUUGUAGUAUUCAUGAAAUGUAGGGCUGUAAGGAAAGCAAGGUACUUUUGUCCUUUUUCCUUGAAUCACACAAACAUCCGUGUCCGUUCUCGUCACUGUUGUGUGGAGCUUUCACCUUCUCAACCCGUCAACUCAAAUUAGAGGCAUCUUUCCUGCGAAAAACUUGGCAAUAAUAUCCAGACACAUUCAGAAUGGGAUUUUAAAUAUUUUAUCUGGAAAAUGUAGCUAUGUCCUCUUUCAAGCUGUGGUCUCUAAUUUUUUGUUCUUUUUUUUGGGGUGGGGCUUCUUAACUUUCCCAUUUUCACCUUUCCAGACAGAUUUCAUUAUCUGAAAACAAUUUUAAGCUUGUUUCCCCCCCCCCCCCCCCCCCCCCUCCUUAAUCAUCCAUCUUGUAUAUUUGCUCACAUCCUUUUCCCUGCUGAUCUAGUGGUAGUUGUUCAAUGAUCAGGAUUGUCUAUCUGUAGUCAGCCGAGUACAUAUAUUGAUCUGUGUCACUGUGUUUAUGCACUGGACCAACUAUUGUUUACCAUUCAUGAAAUACCAGCAAAAAAAAAAAAAGACGAAACACUUGCACAAUGUUGGAGAAUGUCCAUUAACCCAGAUGAGAAAUCAAGGCAGCUGUUUUCAACAACACAUACUGUUUUAAAUAGAAACUGAAUGGUAAACAAUGCUUUCUGUUGUACCCCUUAGCCGUCCUCUCGAUUCUCUUUGGAGUAGUUUUGUUCUUUUUAAAUUUCUCUUAUUUUUUUUCUUCCCGUUUCACGACAGGUUCUGCUUGUUUCCUUUACACCUACCUAUGUAUUUUCCUACUUCUGGUUGAAAAUAAAUUCUAUAUUAUCUGUUUCAA